AAAGGAGGCAAGUACAGGAGGGGUGAUGGAGGAGAGCUGAAGAAACUGAAGAUGAGGGAGAUGUUCUCGGGGAAGGAGGGGGGAGUGAGUGAUAUUUAAACCCCUAAGGUUCUUUCUCUCUCCUCAUCUUUUUCUUAGCUCACUGGCUGUCUGUCACUGUCUCUUGUGCUUCAUUACAGACAAAGGAAGCUCUCCAUAGGCAUUCAGUAGCUUGCUGAACCUGGAGAGAGAAGAUCCAAGAUGCCACGCUCAAAGUGUGAUAUCAUGUCCAAAGAACCAAGCUCCAAUUUGGAAAGCGCGAUGCAGAUGCUCAUCAAGACCUUCCACAAGUAUUCCGGGAAGGAAGGAGACAAGUACACACUCAGCCGAGGGGAACUGAGGGAACUGCUGACGGAGGAGCUGGGAAAUUAUCUAGGGAAUGCUCAAGAUAAAGAUGCGGUGGAACGAGUGAUGAACGAUCUGGAUUCCAAUAACGACGGCGAGGUGGACUUCACCGAGUUCAUCAUCCUCAUGGGCGCGCUGACCGUAGCCUGUAACGACUUCUUUCUCGACAGCCCGGCGCCCAAAAACAAGGGCGACAGCAAGAGUGAUGGAGCCACAGAGGAAAAGAAAGAGUAAAGAGAGAAGACUAAAAAAGAGAAAGAAGGCUAAGGGAAGAAAAGUAUUAGUGGGUUGAGCACAAUGGAGUGAGAUCAUAGUUUCAUCCAUUUCUUUUAUCAGGACUGACAAACCUAGCUCCUAGAGGAGGUUUCUCCGCUUUUAUAAUUCAACCAAAGCUGUUUAUUACUUUCAAUGCAAAAACUGUCAAAUCCCAAAGACUUGCGGGUUUGACAGAAAAACAUACAGUACCAGCGUAGUGCCAGGAGCUGGUUUAUCUAAUGCUGAAUUAUUUUUAAGUUAAUGAGAAGUUCUUGACUUUAAGGUGUUCAGAAAUCUUUCAGGUACUUGGACGGCUGCCUUCUUUUUCAAAUAAGGGUACUCGACUGGUAACAUUAUACACAGCUACGCAAGAGCUGUUGUUUGGCAUCAAACUUUGUUAUGAGUAUAAGCAAUGGAUGCAUAGAGGAAAAGAGAACAAUAAUUGUGUUUAACGAAAUGGGUUUAUGUACAGUCAGUCGGUCAUUUUCACAAAAUAAACACCAACAGGGUGAUCAGGACUUCACUCUUUAGGGUAUCAUCACCCUGAAGGGCUUUAUUUUGCAAUAAUGAAUGGCUAACUUUACAUUAUCCUGCUUAUUACAUGACUUACCAAAUUAAUUAAUUAAUGGACAUAUUAAAAUCUUGUCUGGGACUUCAUCGGUUUUACAGUUUAGCGGUCAUUAUACAAAAACAUUUGACCGCAGAAUGCCGCAUAUAACCAAAAAGAAAGAAAAAAAUCCAGAGAGCUGUGCAAUACAGUUAUGAAUCCACAUUUUGAACAAUGACCUGAUGAAAAGAUGUUGAAGUAUUUAUACUUACAUAAUGCAUUCAUGAAGUUCCUAUAUUAUGUAGAAAUUUUAAAUACCCUAAACAGUUGAGAGAAAGCAUUACUUGGUUUGUCUCUUUCUUUGCAUCUAUUUUUUAAGCCUAUUUUUAUUUAAUAAUCAACGUGUAUCUUCUUAAUUAUAAUAAACGAGCAACUGACCUCUGUACAUUUGCCUG